AUCGUAUAUAAAGAAAAGAUACCUUUUGCCUUUCUCUUUCUUCAUUUAGAAAGUUGAUCGAGAAAGCCUCUGCCCAAUAGAACCUAGCCUGGGAGAGGGGUCAUCCUCGCCAGUGUGGACCGAAAAGGUCUCGCGAAGCCGGUCACCAUAUGGUCUAAGUCCUUCUCUAACUUGAAGAGCAGAAAGCAAUACUUCUUUCAGUAGGGGAGAUAAAGUUAUUUUAUUGUCUUGUUUUUACUCCGAAAAUCGAAUUUCUUUUUGAAGUCCUAUAUUCUAUAUAUUCUUUUUCUUUCAAAGUUCUUCGUUCUUAUAGAUGUGAUACCAAUCUAACGAUUGCCCCUAAAAAAGUUUUCUUUUCUUCCGUUUUUUCUCUUGCUACCCUUUUUUGAUUUGAUCGAAAAUCCUGCUUUGCAUUUCAAUUCCCAUUCUUUUCGUUGGUCAACAGCCAACCCAAAUUCUUUCUAUUUCAUAACUAGUCCUACAGGAAGGAAUCUCUUUCUUUCCGGGAAAUAUAUUUGGAAGAUAUUUGGAAAUGGCACCCAUAAUGGAUAGGGUAACUGAUUUCUUGUUCCAUCAUUUUUGGUAUACUUAUACCAUGAUUUUGUUAACCGGAUAUUUACUUUUUUAUGGGAUGAGACUGUAUAGAGUUAUACUCGAGGGGAUUAUCAAGAAUCCCGGUCGAGUCAGAAGUUUCGAAUACAGUUGGUGGGGGGUGCGAAUUUACUUUUUUUAAAAAAGGGAGGCCAGCGGAAAAGAUAAGGAGGAGUAGUUGAUAACGUCUGUAUUUAGGAGCGAUCUGUUCAUCCAACUCGAAAGAUCGUAAGAGAAGAAAAAGUGACUUUUCUUCAUACGCCCAAAAGUCCCAUGCUUUCCGUUGGUCAACAACCAACCAAAGCUCUAUCUAAUUCUUCACUACUCGUACAGGAAGGACUCUCUUUCUUUCCGGGAAUUUGAUUCAAAAAGAAAUCUUACAUGCCUCAACUGGAUAAAUUCACUUAUUUUACACAAUUCUUCUGGUCAUGCCUUUUCCUCUUUACUUUCUAUAUUGCCAUAUGCAAUGAUGGAGAUGGAGUACUUGGGAUCAGCAGAAUUCUAAAACUACGGAACCAACUGCUUUCACACCGGGAGAACAAGAUCCGGAGCAAGGACCCAAACAGUUUGGAAGAUAUCUUGAGAAAAGGUUUUAGCACCGGUGUAUCCUAUAUGUACUCCAGUUUAUUCGAAGUAUCCCAAUGGUGUAAGUCCGUCGACUUAUUGGGAAAAAGGAGGAAAAUAACUUUGAUCUCGUCUUUCGGAGAAAUAAGUGGCUCACGAGGAAUGGAAAGAAACAUAUUCUAUUUUAUUUCAAAGUCCUCAUAUAGCACUUCUUCUAAUCCUGGAUGGGGGAUCACUUGUAGGAAUGACAUAAUGCUAAUCCAUGUUCCACACGGACAAGGAAGCAUUGUUUUUUAAUUUCAUUCUAACUUGGUUGUUCGGUGGCCUCAUAGAAUCAGGUAUGCACUUGAUCCUAUGAAGAAGUUCUUCACAGGGGUGGAUUUGGACGAGUUCGAAAGAACUGUUGGUCCAAUUCUACCUUCUGUUGAAGAGCUUGGAGUGCCACCUAUGACUGGAAAACUAGGUUGCUCGGUUGAAGGAGGAGGCAAAAGGCGGAUUUUCCCCAUUGGAAACUAGAUCAAUCAGAGGUUCUUAUUGGCUAGCUUCAUUGCAACAAAUGAAAAGGAUACCAA